UUUUGAAUGAAUAUAUUUUCUAACAUUUCAUAAUUAUUACGUGUUACCACUUAAUCGAAAAAUCUUUUAACGUCUGAAUCUGUCACGAGUAUAAAUAAAUAUAUGCACAUGCAUAUGUAUAAUACAUUGAUGAUUCGUCCUUAUGAAAUCAACCCUGAGCAGAGAGGUCAAACGGCUAGUCUCCAAUGGCUUCUACUCCGCGGCACUUGAACUGUACAAGCUCCACAUCCACCCUUCCGCUUUCCUUGCCAACACCUCCAUCCUCCCCUCGGUCAUCCGAGCAUGCGCUUCCGCUCCGUCGACCCACUACCCCUUCGGCCUCCAGCUCCAUUGCGUCGCCCUCAAGUCCGGGUCCACCUCGGACGCGGUCGUGUCCAACUCCAUCAUCUCCAUGUACUCCAAGUUCUCGAGGCCGGAGCCCGCUCGACGGGUGUUUGACGAAAUGCCCAGCAGAGACCCCAUCACCCGGAACGCCUUGAUUAACUGCUACCUCCAAAACGGGUGCUUGCGGGGAUCGUUGGAGGCGUUGAGAGAGAUGUGCCUGCACGGUUUCUUCCCGAGGCCGGAGCUGGUCGCUGGGAUAGUGUCUGCUUGUGGGCGGUCCGGGAACAUAAGGCUCGGGAAACAGAUUCAUGCUCGCAUUCUGUUUGACCCGAGAAGCGAAGGCUCGGUAUUGCUGUCCACUGCCCUCUUUCACAUGUACUUGAGGUGCCAUGAUUCUUGGACAGGGUUCCGCCUCUUUGAUCGGAUGCCCACGAAGAAUGAAGUUUCUUGGACGGCCUUGGUCUCUGGGUGCAUCAGUAACAACGAAUACGAAAUGGCCAUCAGUUGCCUUCGGGAGAUGCAGGAUCGAGGGUUGAGUCCAAACAGGGUGACACUGAUCUGUCUGUUGCAAGCCUGUCCUGGGCUGGCUUCUCUCCAGCUUGGGAAGGAGAUCCAUGGGUACGCCAUCCGUCACGGGUUCGACUCCGAAGAUCACUUCUCAGCAGCUCUACUUCACAUGUACUGUGAGUGUGGGGAAGGAGUGAAUCGUUCUAGGGCAGUCUUCAAUAGUUACAAGUCUAAGGAUGUUGUGUCUUGGAGUUCGAUGAUUCGGAGCUACGCUCGGACAGGAGAAGCAGACAGUGCCAUAGAACUAUUCAGCCACAUGCGAAUAGAAGGCGUUGGACCAAACUCUGUGACCCUUUUAGCGGUUAUCUCUGCCUGCACGGCUAUGUCUUCCCUGAUUCUUGGGCAAUCGGUCCAUGGGUAUCUAAUAAAAUCUGGCUUAAAUACACAAGAAUUUGUUGAGAAUUCCCUCAUCGAUAUGUACUGCAAAUGUGGAUGCCUCCAAGCUUCCUGUCAAAUCUUCAAUGAAAUGGCGGAGCCCGACUUGGUGUCGUGGAGUGCCCUAAUUGCCGCUUACGGCCUUCAUGGUCACGGACAAGUAGCUUUGGAGCUAUUCCAUGAGAUGAAAGACAGAAGCAUAGAGCCCGAUGGGGUCACUUUGCUUUCGGCGCUGUCUGCUUGCAACCAUGCAGGCUUUGCUGAGGAAGGGCAAAAGCUGUUCAAAGAUGCAGUCAAAGAGAAUAAGAUCCCGAUAAACUCAGAGCAUUAUUCUUGCUUUGUCGACCUUCUAGGAAAGUCAGGACAGCUGACAGACGCUUGUGAAGUCAUAAAAACAAUGCCAGUGAAACCAACCUUGAAAGUUUGGACGUCUCUGGUAUCGGCCUGUAAGGCUCAGGGAAGACUGGACAUUGCGGAAAAGCUGGUGCAUCAGCUCAUCAAAGCUGAGCCCAAGAACCCAUCCAACAAUACCUUGUUGAGCAUGGUGCGUGCAGAACGGAGUGACUGGGCCGGAGUGGAGGAUGUGAGAAGACUCAUGAGAGGCCAAGGGCCUCAAAAGCACUCCGGGAUAAGCCGGAUUGAUCUUUUGGUGAUGUAGUAUGAUGUAUUCCCAAAAUACAAGGAACUCUAAAACGAGCGAAGUCAGCUGAAUUUUCUGAACUGAGCAUUUGCCUCCACAUAUCUCACACCUGCUACAGAAAAUGGCAUGUCUCGCCAUCAGAUGAAAGCAAUGACAAAAUUCAUUUGUAAUCUUAUCAGUGUUCUUCCAUAGGAUAAUCUGCAUCAUGUACGGUUGUAUGAGUAUGUGAUACUGGCAUUGCUACAGCACUCCAUGUCAAUAUUAAAGAGAAACUGAGAUUGUUGGUU